AAUUUGGCAGGCAAACCAGGAUCACACAUGCUGCAGGAUUUACUACAGGAGCUGUAAGGCACUUCGAUAUUGAACCGGAUCAUAUACAACCGCAAAAAUGGUUGAUGCUUUCUGCGCCACAUGGAAACUGAUCGAAAGCCAAAACUUCGAUGAAUACAUGAAGGCUCUAGGUGAGGUUGUUAUUUUUUCAACACCUGCAGUAUAAUGUGUGUUGGAGUGAUUAUUCUGGUUUUGAUUUCUUGUGUGAUACAUCAGUAAAUGUUUUUUUUUUUAAACAGGUGUUGGGUUUGCCACAAGACAGGUGGGCAAUGUCACCAAACCCACAGUAACCAUCAGCCAGGAUGGGGACAAAGUAGUGGUGAAAACCACGAGCACUUUUAGGAACACUGAGAUCUCCUCCAAACUGGGAGAGGAGUUUGAUGAGACCACUCCUGAUGACCGCCAUGUCAAAGUGAGUAAACUUGAUUAUGAGUCAUGACUUCAAAUUAACAGCCCAGUGAUGAAACACUUGCUGCUUGUUUCUUGCAGUCUACCUUCACCAUGGAGGGAGACACAUUUGUGCAUGUGCAGAAGUGGGAUGGCAAGGAGACCAAAUUUGUCAGAGAGAUCAAGGAUGGCAAGAUGGUGAUGGUAGGUUGAAUUUCAACAUACAAGUCAUACAAGUCCACGCAGAAAGAAGCGAGAAGAAAUCUUUUUGCUCUUGUCAUUGUGGUUACAUUUAUCAUUUGCUGCGUAAAGUUAUGGAAAGCACUUUCAGCUGCCUCGUUGUUGUAACAUGCUAUGCAAAUAAACCUGCCCCAUCUUGCCUUGAUUGUGCACUCAGAGAAAUCACGAGCCACACGGGCAAAAGAAAACUUGCUCUUUUUAGAAAGUGCAUGAUUAAUCACUACAAAUUUUUUUAAUGCUCACUGUAUAACACAAGCUUUCUCUUUUUUUUUUAUUUCACAGACCUUGUCUUUUGAGGGAGUCCAAGCUGUCCGCACUUAUGAAAAAGCCUAAUUCAACUGUGACUGAGCAAACACACUGCACUACAAUCAGCAAGCCUCCCCUCCCUUUUUAACUAAACAUCAUUUCGCAGUGAUUUGCACUCCAUUUUGUUGUUGUGACAUGUGAUGAAUAUUUUAGGGAUUCUUUUGUAAGAUCUUUUGUAAGAAACUCAAAAUGUGAAGGGCCAAAACUGUCUCAUUUUGCGCAUUAAGUGAAAAAUAAAAUAUUUGACUUAACUUUC